CGCCGUCCGCCGUGGCCCUCGGGUUCGUCAGGUCCGGGGUUCGAGGGAGCGGCCGGCAUCCAGCGUGCAUCAUGUCGGCGUCGGUGGUGUCCGUCAUCUCGCGGUUCCUCGAAGAGUACUUGAGCUCCACUCCGCAGCGGCUGAAGCUGCUGGACGCCUAUCUCCUUUACAUCCUGUUGACCGGCGCGCUGCAGUUCGGUUACUGUCUCCUGGUGGGGACCUUCCCCUUCAAUUCCUUCCUGUCCGGCUUCAUCUCCUGCGUGGGCAGCUUCAUCCUGGCGGUUUGCUUGAGAAUACAGAUCAACCCACAGAACAAAGCGGAUUUCCAAGGCAUCUCCCCAGAGCGGGCUUUUGCUGACUUCCUCUUUGCCAGCACCAUCCUGCACCUUGUUGUCAUGAACUUCGUUGGCUAAGUUGGUCUCAUUUACUUAUUUGAGGAAUUGGAGACACGAAUGUUCACUUUUGGUGUGCUUGGGUGAAAAUUCUUGAGAUGGCAGCUUGUUGGAUAUGUCGAUUCUUCAGAUUUGUGCUUAACUGUGACUCUGAGUAGGUGUGCCGUGGAGAGUCCAGAGAACGUCCUUCACUCUGUCAGACCAGCUUUGCAACCAGUGUGUGUUAACAGGAGCUCAGCCGUCCAGCAAGUGUAACCUUUUUCCAAAAUAAAGAAGUUUCUAUGUC